GAAUCCGAGUGUCUCAGUCGCUUCGCCGUUUUCAGGUGGGCAAGGGCUCCCAUCAGCUCUCCCCGACCCCUGUCGCCUUAGCCUGAUGCCAUUGAACUAUUCGUAUCUGGAUAGCAAUCGACCAAAUCUCCUCCCCGGGCAGUGCCUGUAUGGCUACUGCUAUAUAUUCGACCCUUUUGUCACCGCCGUCAUCCUACAUCACAUGCAUAUUACAUCCGACACAUUCUGCAAAUACACACUCCUUCUGUACAUAUAUCAAUCUCUCAGCGAGUAAAUAUGACUGCCACGGCGGUGUCCAUGCCGAAUUCGGCACUCCCUGCCUUCCCAAACUUAUCCCCAGCAUCGUCAUCAGAAGCACCACCAAGGUCAGACCUCCUAACGCUGGUCGACCGGAUUCGCCACGCCGCAGCGAACGAGCACAAUGCAUCCCCGGACUCGCAUUCCCAACUCCUCACCCUCAUUGAUGAGUUGAAGUUGGCCGUGGAAACGCCGAACGAGACCGUCCUGCGUCUCAUUUAUCAGCCUCCCCAAAAUGCAGCCCUCCGCACCGUCAUGGACAUGGGUAUCUGCCCUCUUCUCGUGCAACAUGCACACAGGGGCCUUUCGGCCUCUGAGUUGGCCAGCCAUACCGGUGCCGAGCGGGCUUUGAUAGUGCGACUCAUGAGAGUCAUGGUGGCCCUGGGGUUGUGCGACAACCCCUCGACCGAGGUGUACCUGCCGAAUAGCAAGACGUUGGCUUUGACGCAGCCGAUCGGCAGGGACGGUGUUCCUUGCAUUUACGACCUCACUCUCCCAACGCUCUCCAAACUCCCUGACUACUUCCGCGACCACCAGUAUGUCAUGCCCAGGGAGUACAAGAGCUGUCCGAUGCAGUGGGCCGUCGGCCAAAGCCAGUUUGAGUGGCUUGCUCAGCGCAAGCUGAGCCAGACGCGCUUUAACUCGUACAUGGCUUCUCGCCGACAGGGAAAGCCCGCCUGGUUCGACACAUUUCCUGUUGAGCGGCUGAGCCGGACGGCUGUUACGCGCGACGACGCUGUCUUCCUGGUCGAUGUGGGUGGGAAUCAGGGGCAUGACUUGGUGCGGUUCCGGAAACGGUUCCCCUCUGUUGCUGGGAGAGUGGUGCUGCAGGACUUGCCCAAGGUUUUGGCGUCUGCGCCGGCGUCGUCGUUGAAGGAGGAUGGCGUUGAGACUAUGGGGUAUAGCUUUUUUGAUCCGCAGCCAGUGAAGGGAGCAAGAAUCUACUACUUCCGCGCCAUCUUCCACGACUGGCCGGAUGAUAUUUGCCGCCAGAUCCUAGCUAACACCGUCUCCGCCAUGGACGCAGAGUAUUCCCGGAUCGUGAUCGUGGACUUUGUCCUCCCCGACACGCACGCCCCGCUUCUACAGUCCAGCCUGGACAUCCAGAUGAUGAGCAUCGGGGCUGGGGCGGAGCGAUCUGAGAGCCAGUGGAAGGAGCUUCUUGGGUCUGCGGGACUCGAGAUCCGGAGUGUCUGGAGGAAUGGUCCUGGUAUGGAAAGCGUGAUGGAGGUUGCAGUGCGGUAGACUUCGUGGGGCUGCACUAUUUCGCUAGCAAGGAGACUGGCGUAACAACGUGGUAGACAGCGCAUACGUAUCCAUACAUUAACUUUCAGCCUACAUUGUUGAUACCGGCUACACCAGAUUCUGUACCUUGAAGAACGCGCAGUAAUUAAGUUAACGUGCACUGACACACACAUACCCCCCUUACUUCGUGCAGGCGUUGGGAAUAUAGACAGGAGACGUGUGCUUCUGCAGCAGUCAAUUAAUUUCCCAAUCAUUCCUCAUGCAAGGUUAUCUUUGCAGCUAUCAUUCCAUCCCACAUGCAGGAUACUUAUUGCAUAUGACAGAUCUGUCUGUUU